GCUUGCGCAGAACGGUCACGUGCCGGCAGGCUGGGAAAAUGGCGGCUUCGGGAGAGAGCGGGGCUUCGGGCGGCGGAGGCAGCACAGAGGAGGCAUUUAUGACCUUCUAUAGUGAGGUGAAACAAAUAGAGAAGAGAGAUUCAGUUCUUACGUCCAAAAAUCAGAUUGAAAGAUUGACUCGUCCUGGUUCUUCUUACUUUAAUCUGAAUCCAUUUGAGGUUCUUCAGAUAGAUCCUGAAGUGACAGAUGAAGAAAUAAAAAAGAGGUUUCGGCAGUUGUCUAUAUUGGUGCAUCCUGAUAAAAAUCAAGAUGAUGCUGACAGAGCACAGAAGGCUUUUGAAGCUGUGGACAAAGCUUACAAGUUGCUACUGGAUCAGGAACAAAAGAAGAGGGCCCUGGAUGUAAUUCAGGCAGGAAAAGAAUACGUGGAACACACUGUAAAAGACGAAAAAAAACAACUCAAGAAGGAAGGAAAGCCUACAAAUGUAGAGGAAGAUGAUCCUGAACUGUUCAAACAGGCAGUCUACAAACAGACCAUGAAACUAUUUGCUGAGCUGGAAAUUAAGAGGAAAGAGAGAGAAGCCAAAGAAAUGCAUGAAAGGAAACGGCAAAGAGAAGAGGAGAUUGAAGCGCAAGAAAAAGCCAAGCGAGAAAGGGAAUGGCAGAAAAACUUUGAGGAAAGCCGGGAUGGUCGAGUGGACAGUUGGCGAAAUUUCCAGGCAAAUACAAAGGGAAAGAAGGAGAAAAAGAAUCGGACCUUCCUUCGGCCACCAAAAGUAAAGAUGGAGCAGCGAGAGUGACCAGCAGGGCCACAGCCACAGCCUCCCUGGCUGCCUCCAUCUGCUUCAAGGACUCGUUCUCUAUCCACCCCAGCAUAGAGUAGUGUUUGCUUUUUAGUCAUUUUGUUUUCAAUACAAUUUAAUAUCAAUCAAAGUAAUUUGUACAUUGAGAUGAGGGGCUUGAUCUAACCUUCCCCAUCCUUAACCCAUGGAACCACCAGGAUCGGAAGGUGUCACUGACUCUGCUGCCUUCUUUCCCACGGCCUGUAACUUAAUGUUUUGUAUCUCACCGAGUUGUGUGGUUCGAAGGUCAGGCAGGUAUAGUUUGUGGAAAUCCUCCAAUUAAACGUCUUGCUUACAGUGGUGUUGCUGCGACUCCAGAACAGCCUCAGCCACUAUGGGAAGCCCCUUUGCUUGUUUCUGGGUGUGCCAGCCUUGAAGACCCAGAUCCAAUAGGAAAGGCAUUGUGGACUCUCGAUGCCCUGAUGCCUUGUGGUGUUGACACAAGUCCUGUUUGGCUGACCACCAAUCAGCCAGAGUGGUGUGAGGCUUUCAGCCACUUAAACAUGUUCACUUUCCAAAGAGUUAGCCAUCCUCCAGCCAGUCCUACUUGUCCUCACUUGUCUGCAUUUGUUAGUGGUAAUAUUCUUUUAACGUAUAAUAAAUUUUUAUACCCAA